GUUUGUUUGGGUUCCAAUUGGAAUGUGCGGGAGUAAAUAAAUCGAAUAUCGGCAUUUUACCACACAAGAUGGAUGUUCUGUCGCGGCCAGCGGAAGAAUUCGUCAACGAUGGGACGGUGGAAGAGCUCUGGGCAGUGAAAGCGGUCGAUCACGCCGAAGUACACUUCAAUCUCCUGUGCAGCGUGGACCCCCGGCUGCUGCGUCUCACCCCCUACGACGACGAGAUAUACGAACAAUUUCGACGAAUGUUUCCAGACAUGAACGUCCAAGUGAUAAAUGAAAACGAACUCAAAAGUCCAGAGGGAAAAGCCAAGUGGAGAGCGUACAUGGAAAAGUUCAACCGCCUGGAGGACUACAGCUACGGUACGUUGCUGCGGGCAAACGCGGACGAAGAGUUCCGACCGGAAAACGCAAUCCUGGUGGUGAGAAUUCAGUUUUGGGCUAUUGAAAUUGCUAGAAAUCGGGAAGGGCACAAUGAUUCCAUAAGGAAAAAAUUCCGUGGAUCGAUCACCAGCAAAGACACCGAAUAAAGCGCCUUUUUUACCUCGA